AUGUCAGUUGUUUGUAUCAUAACUACAGGAUUGCUUUAUUGCAUGAUAUUCGCAGCAGUAAGACACCAGAAAAACCAGAUUCGCGCUCUGCAAGUACCUGAACAAGUAGCUCAGAAUGGAGACAUGGCAAAUGCCGCAAGGCUGAGAAAAACUGCCGUUGCUACAUUUUACAUGUAUAUCUUGUUUUUAAUUUUUCAUAUUUAUAGUUUGUUCAAAAAAUAUAUAAACUCGUGUAAUGCUAAGCUGCGAAGGCAACGCCGGAGAACGGUGAAAAACAACAAUAGAUCUAAUUGGCAAAAAAGCAACUUUGCACGUGCAGCACACUUUUUUGUACAUCUUUUUGCCGUUGUUUUGCACGACUACAACUUGAAACUUCCACAAACUUCUUAGUUACACGCUUUAUGGAGGAUAUUUCGUACGUGUUCUCGCUCACUUUUUUUUCACUGCCGCUCAUUUUCACCCUGCAUUGGUGGCCGCUAGCAUUUCUUAUUUUCUCACUGCAGCUACAAAAUUGUCAUGUUGUUCUUGUACCAAAAAAAAUGUCUUCUUUGUUGUUUAUCUCUCGGUCUAGAUCUCUGUCGCCCUUUUUCUCGUUGAGCUUCGCUUACAUGCCGCCUACUUUCUCUUUUUCUCUGUCUUUCUCUUGCUCUAUUUUCCAUUUUUUUGGGAUUGACAAUUCUUUUAGUCUAAGCUUUUAAGCUCAGAUUAAUUGUCAUGUCCAAAAUUUUAGAGAAGUAUCACAAUACUUCAGACAACACGGAUACAGAAUCAAUUUCUGCUUUCCGUUUUCGUCUUUAUUGACUCUUUAGUUGUCUCUGCUUUACAAGACUCGGGUGGCUAUGCGAUUUCCUGCCCAAAUAACCUCGAGUUGCAUUUGGGUUGCCAUACCUGUUGAUUGAGAUAUUUUACAUUGGUAUGCCUGUGGUGCUGACAGACGGUCGGUUGCUCGGUCGGGCGGUGUACGUUCACGUGAUUACCAAAAAUUCUAGGAUGGGUAGAUUUACUUAGCUAUGGGGCUCCGCAAGCGCGCUCUUCGCGCGCGUAGAGCUCCGUUAGGAACAGAGUUAAUUUACACUUUCAGGGAUGGUUUAAACUUUGGAGAAGGUAUCCUAAAUAUACAGGUAGCUACAGCUGCAUUAAGAAACGUUCCAGAUAAGAACGAUAGCAACAACGGCAACGAACAUGUUGGAAUGCAAAAAGGGUGCUAACUUUUCUAUUGUCUGUACUUACUUCUGAUUGGCUUAAACAGCAAAAGUUAACAAAACUUCAUAAAGCGGUACAUAUAUUCAUCCUUACUUUCCAACCAUCUUCCAUAUAACAAAAUCUGGUCUCAGUUUGAGUAACAAAGAAAUCCUAUGUGGGGAACAUGUAAAAUUGUAAACUUUUCUUGGCUAUUGUUUUCAACUCUUGUGAUUGGUCAAAAUCUUUUAAUGCAAAAAAACACCCUUUCAAAGUGGAGUGUAAAUGCAUUUUAUUGCGUAAACGGCCUUCAUGUAGGUUUAUGCAUUCUCUGUGUAAAAAUGAGAACAUUCCUAUGUGGGGAAAGCACCGUUGCCGCAUAACAAAAGAAAUUGCUAUCCACCUUACCCGGAUCGUUACUUAAUACAGGUUUCACUGUAUUUCUCUGAUGCACAGAUAACCAAAUUUUCUAACCCACAGUGCACCGCUGCGCGCGCGAGAGCUUUGCCGAAAAUUUUUGUGGUGAACCAAGACGUUCAAAACGCCAAAAUAGAUUUAUGUCACGCGGCAGCCAUUUUGUCUCAGGAGAUUUAAAAAGCUUUGUUUAUUCACAGCUAGCCUCUUAGAGAGAACGAGGCUUUUUAACAAAGCUUUUUAAAUCUCCUGAAACAAAAUGGUCGCCGUGUGACAAAGGUCUGUUGCCUAAUUCCUUUGUAUUGUGUAUCGUCUGUAUGGCCUGGGGGUUUAUUUAGUCCCUCUAAUGACCAAUGCGGGGAGGCUCAGCACCAAAAGGGUACAUUUUUCACACCUCAGGUAUAUGAAAGGGUAAGGAUUUCACUACUUGAAGUAAAUGAAACUGUGGGGAGAUUUGUCAUUCUGGUCCGUAACAAGGCCCAAAAGAGCUGAAAGAUGCAUUAGGUCAGUGAGAGAGUCGGCGAGAGAAAGCUUUCUGGCUUUCUGAUUUGUUCACAUUUAAAAGACAGUGCAUUUACAGCAGUUCGAAGGGAUACAAAGUUCUAAACUAGGUAUGUGAAAGGGGUACCAUUUAUCAAUAGAAGGCAAACGAAAGGGGUACUGUUGAAGUGACAAAUGCAAUAAUUGACCACAAAUGAAGUAAAAAUUGGCCACAAAUGUAAUAGAAACCUAAUAUUAAUGCUAUCAAAACCGUAUAUUUCUCGAAAGAGUACCGCUUUAAAUUAAAGUCGGACUCAAAUAAGUUCCGCGGCACCCUUUCGAAAAACACAAUUCUAUUGCAUUUAAUCCAAAGAGCGCAGCCCUCAAAUAACUUUCGCAACUUAAAGGACGAAAAACAAUAAGCGCCGUGGCGCUCUUUCAAGUCAACAGAAUUUACUACACUCUUCAUGCGCCCGCUUGCUCGCUCUCCGGACGAGAAACAAUAUUUUUUUACUUGGCCUGACCGUAUCAGCAAAUCGGAACUAGUGUGCGAGAAUUUGCAUCUUAUAUUGGGAGUGUCACGUGGACAAACUAAAAGCAAGUGGUAACUCCUUGGUAACUCCUCGUCUGCCUUCUCCGCGCAGGCGUGGGAGAACUGCCUUGCUGUUCUCAGCAAGCAGCUCCUAAGAUUGGCUCAAUGACCAAAAUAGUGUUUCCUCAAGUUCAACACGGAUACAAACUGAAAAAUAUGAAAGCUGCGGCGUUCCCAUACCUGUAGAAGACGGAAGGUGCUUGGUUUGCAGACAAAACCAAAAGGAAGAUGAACAACACUUCUUGAUGUUUUGCAAUGGGGACAAUGUAUUGCGACAGGAGUUUAAUUAAUGUUAUUUCAAGUAAGGAUGUUGCUUUUGUGAAUCUUACUGCCCACGACAGAAUAAAAUACUAAUUAACAGCAGACAAUAAUACUUGUAAAAUAAUAGCCAAAUUUAGUAAUCUUAUGUUCAAAAAGAGGUUUUCAAGAAUUCGACUGAAAAUGUGACUUGAUAGAAAGUCUUUGAUGAUUUUAUGGUGCGUACACAAUUAGUUAGACGUUAUUGUUUCUUAAAUGUAAAAGACCUUUAUUGUAAAGAGACCGAUACCUCCAUAUGUAGAGUAACGCGCAAAAAAGAUACUGUUAAUGUUACUGUUACUCCAGCGAGUCUCACAUAAAGUAAAUACCAUCAUCAGUAGACUAAACGACUUCUUCCAGAUAGAUGUCUGUUAAAUAGUACAUGCGUGAAAGUCGUAUUUUUCUACUUACAAGAAAGAAGAGAAAUCUCACUUGAUGAGAGCACGCUGAUAGACCACUUCCGCUUUAGAUUUAUCUGCAAGACGCUGUUGAGAGGUUAAGAGUUUAUAAAAGACCAUAAAAAGCCGUAAUUAUAUUUGUUUUCAUGAUAACUUUCGUGCCAGAUAUAUAUUGUUGAAUGUAUAGCAAAUGUGGGAGCCAUGAUGUAAAGGAAGAAAGCUAUUCAACAAAUGCAGGACCUUUUUUGCGUGCAGUUGUAAUGCUAAAUCUAAUAUCAAUUCGGCUUCGAAAAUUUGAGCGUAACUUGGAACUUCUGAAUCCUUCUUAAUUAACGCCACUGAUGACCGCGCUGAUUUCAUAGCUUGACACAUAACACAACCAGCAACAACCUUAACCUUCUAAUGCAUGAAGAUUUUCAGAGGUUCUAAGGAAAUGUUUUGCCUGAUCUGAAUAUGUCUGCAAAAAAAUGGUCGAGGGUACACGGUCCCUAUUAAAGUACCGAGACAGAUUACAUACAACAAAAGAAACAAUACACCCAAAAAAUCAAGCUUCCAUGAGAACUCUAUAAUAACAGAUGUAUGCAGGCUGGACACAAGUAGUAAUGCUUCAGCAAAUUUAACCCCCUUUGGUGGAUAGGUAAGGAUAGUUUAGGGAUAGGUAAAUCAUUGAUAUGGAUAAGUGCCUAGUCUAUGACGUCACCCAUUGUUAUAACCUGCAUACUAAUUAAGUGCCUUCCUCCAUAUAUAAUGAAGUGGAUAGGUUUACUAAUGAGCGUCACUCUACUACAAUAGGAACAAUAGGCUUGCCUCGGCUUGCCCGUUAAGUAACUUGAACCCGGUUUUCAGACUGUCUAUUAAAAGGGAAAUAGGAAUAAGAGAAGCGAUCACCUAGCAACGCGAGAAACGGCUUCCUAUAUCUUAUUUAGCGCUAAAACUCAGAUAUAUAUAAACACAAAGUGGAGUUGAAAAGUCUCUAUUUCAGUUUAGUUUAUGUCUUCUUAUUUAGCUCUAAACCUCGGAUAUAUCAACAAAACAUACACAAAGGGGAGCUGAAAACUCUCUAUUUCAAGUUUGUCUGACUAUUAAAGAACCGUUUUCUCCCAUCUAUCUCGAGGAAAUUAAAGUCUCAAGGUUUCACGCGCCGUUAGUUAGGUAAUUAUGCGAGUUCACAAGCCCAAAGUUGAAUACAAAUUAGCUCUACAGGAAAAACCUCAAGGGAGCAUAUUGGCGUAUUAUUAUAAAACAAAUAACUUAACAAGGAUCAAUUGAUUAAACACGCGACUAAUAAUUGCUAAAACAAAACGAGUCAAAUACACAGCGAUUUGAAAGAAAACUAUUAAAAUAGUCAAAGAAAGCAAGCUAUCAUUUUUUACCCCGUUUCCCUCCUCAAUUUUUUUAUUCCCGCCUCCACAAUUUUAUUAUUUUCCCUCCUCAUUCGUGAAUUCCCACCACCACAAUUGUAAUAUUUUCCCUCUAUUUUUUUAUUCCCACCACCACAAUUUUAAUAUUUUUCCUCAAUUUUAUUAUUUUCCCUCCUCAAUGUUAUUAUUCCCUCCUCCACAAUUUUAUUAUUUUCCCUUCUCCUUUUCCUUCUCCUCCACACUUCUAUUGUUUUCCCAACACCACAUUUCUAUUGUUUUCCCUCCACCACCACCACCACCACCGCCACCACAUUUCUAUUGUUUUCCUUCCACCACCACCACCACCACCGCCACAUUUCUAUUGUUUUCUCUCCACCACCACCACCACAUUUCCAUUGUUUUCCCUCCUCCUCCUCAUUUCUAUUGUUUUCCCUCCAAGUUUGGCCUUUUAAGCCGUUUAGGCCUGAUUUUGGCCUCUUUGGCCUUUCGAGGGAAAACAAUAGAAAUGAGGAGGAGGAGGAGGAGGAGGGAAAACAAUAAAAAUGAGGAGGAGGAGGGAAAACAAUGGAAAUGUGGCGGUGGUGGUGGUGGUGGUGGUAGAGGGAAAAUAAUAGAAAUGUGGCGGUGGCGGUGGUCGUGGUGGUGGUGGUGGAGGGAAAACAAUAGAAAUGUGGUGGCGGUGGUGGUGGAGGUGGUGGAGGGAAAACAAUAGAAAUGUGGUAGUGGUGGUGGUGGGGGUGGGAAAACAAUAGAAAUAGAAGAGGAGAAGGGAAAAUAAUAAAAUUGUGGAGGAGGGAAUAAUAACAUUGAGGAGGGAAAAUAAUAAAAUUGAGGAAAAAUAUUAAAAUUGUGGUGGUGGGAAUAAAAAAAUAGAGGGAAAAUAUUACAAUUGUGGAGGAGGGAAUUCACGAAUGAGGAGCGAAAAUAAUAAAAUUGUGGAGGCGGGAAUAAAAAAAUUGAGGAGGGAAACGGGGUAAAAAAUGAUAGCUUGCUUUCUUUGACUAUUUUAAUAGUUUUCUUUCAAAUCGCUGUGUAUUUGACUCGUUUUGUUUUAGCAAUUAUUAGUCGCGUGUUUAAUCAAUUGAUCCUUGUUAAGUUAUUUGUUUUAUAAUAAUACGCCAAUAUGCUCCCUUGAGGUUUUUCCUGUAGAGCUAAUUUGUAUUCAACUUUGGGCUUGUGAACUCGCAUAAUUACCUAACUAACGGCGCGUGAAACCUUGAGACUUUAAUUUCCUCGAGAUAGAUGGGAGAAAACGGUUCUUUAAUAGUCAGACAAACUUGAAAUAGAGAGUUUUCAGCUCCCCUUUGUGUAUGUUUUGUUGAUAUAUCCGAGGUUUAGAGCUAAAUAAGAAGACAUAAACUAAACUGAAAUAGAGACUUUUCAACUCCACUUUGUGUUUAUAUAUAUCUGAGUUUUAGCGCUAAAUAAGAUAUAGGAAGCCGUUUCUCGCGUUGCUAGGUGAUCGCUUCUCUUAUUCCUAUUUCCCUUUUAAUAGACAGUCUGAAAACCGGGUUCAAGUUACUUAACGGGCAAGCCGAGGCAAGCCUAUUGUUCCUAUUGUAGUAGAGUGACGCUCAUUAGUAAACCUAUCCACUUCAUUAUAUAUGGAGGAAGGCACUUAAUUAGUAUGCAGGUUAUAACAAUGGGUGACGUCAUAGACUAGGCACUUAUCCAUAUCAAUGAUUUACCUAUCCCUAAACUAUCCUUACCUAUCCACCAAAGGGGGUUAAAUUUGCUGAAGCAUUACUACAGACACAUGUCUUCAGUUCGCUUGUUAACACCUAUAGUCCUAAAAUUAUAAUAUAUAGAUUUAGCCAGCGCUAAAAGCGAAGCUAGUUAUAGACUCUCGUUAAUAUACUUGUAAAUAAUUUACUCAAAAAAAGAAAAUAUAUUUUUUAUUUUACUUAAUAGUAUUUUAUUUACACAACACAUGUUACAGUUACAAAUUUUAAAACUAGAAGAAAGUAUAUAACAAUAUUACAGAUUGGACCAUAAUGAUUACAUAAAAACGGAAAACAAUUAAGAUAACAGUUCACACAAUAGCAUUAGACCUGUUAAUUAACAGAUUCUGAUUCUGGUAAAGUUGAAUUCUUUCUAACUAAUUGAAGGAAGGGAUUUUUCGAAAUCAUACCUCCAACUGAUUAUAGCCUUAAAUUCAUCCAAAGAUAAAUCUUUAGGCGCUAACUUAUUUAUGUACAAGUAAUAUUUAGCAAGCAGAAGAGUAAAAUCGAGCUUUUUGACAAUUUCCAAUCAUUUAAAAAGCUAAAAGUAUUCGUUUCUUUUGACGAGAUUUCUUAAACCCCGAACUUUGAGUGACAAGAUGAAGUGUUUACCUUGCACAGUUACUGUAAGAUCAGGGCAUAGGGAAAAACACUAAAAGAGAAUCUGUUAAUUAACUGGCCGAUAAUCAGGAGAAUAGCUACCAAGAUGAUAUAAGUACAACUCAGUGCCGGAUACAGACCUUGAGAUAAGGGGGGGUGGUCAUCCAGAGGGGGGGUCCAGUCUCCAAAAAAAAUUUUUUUGGCUCUUCGGGCCUGAGUUUGGUCUAAAAAUAAGAGAGGGGAAGGCAGGUCCCCCUGGGCCCCUCCCCUGGAUAGGCACUGCAACGUCAGACAAACAAAUUUCAAUGAUUUUUCAAGGACAAAUUACAGUUUUUAAGGACUAAGAUUUUUUAAUAAAUCGGCAUUCUGUAACCUCCUUUGCUCACUCUAUUGGCUAAAACCCUAGCCUUUACAAUUCAUUUUUACCUCCAUACUACUUUCCGCAAGAAGACUGACUGGGUAUGACUUGCAAUUGCAUCUGAGGUACAGAAAUCGUUCAUGCGAAAAAAUGUUUUUACGUUACCUGUGAGUUUUACAGGUUCUUAUACACCGAGGAUGAGCCAAAUUCUCCUCGGCAAAAUAAUCCGAGUAAUUUCACAGAAAAAGGAAGGUGUCUCCAUUGUAGGUUGUGAAUUUCAAGGACUUUUCAAGACCUAAUAAAGACAUCCAGUAUUUUUUAAGGACCUAAACCGAAUUCAAGGACUUUUCAAGACGACUAGUAAAAUUCAAGACCUUUUCAAAAUUGAACGGACCAAGUAUAACAGAAACAGAAAGCAACGCUAAACGGCGACGGCAACGAAAGCGGCAAAAAAUAGUAAAUAGGUCUAAUAGAGAGGAGAGGAGUGACGUCACGUUGCCAUGGUAGCAAAAAUUCUGGAUGACAACAAUGAAGAGCUUAAGCAAGGACGACGGCGAAAAUAACGAGACCGGCGAAAAGCGAUAGGUUUAGCAAAACAGCAACUUUGCAUCACGCUUUUUUCUAGCUACAUUUCUUAGCCGUCGUUACACGACUGCGACAUGGAACUUCUAAUUUCACGCGCCCGCUCUAUGGAGUUGGUCAACACAGUACAAAAAUUUUCUUUUUCUUUUUCUUAACUCAGAUCUGUCUGAUCCAAAAAUUUUUCUACUGUGACUUCUCCACCAUUAGCAAAAAAAACAACAACAACAACCUGGCACUGGCGCAGCACACUUUUUUGUACAUUUCUUUGACGUUGUUUUGCACGACUACAAUGUGAAUCUAAUCUCGUACCCAGAUCUCACUCUGUACGAGAUUAAUGUGAAACUUUAUGUUGGAAUAUGUCGUAUGUGCUUACCGAUGUUUUGUCGUGUUCCUAUUCACUUUUUUUCUACACUGCAGCUCAUUUUCAGCUUGUUGGCCGCUUUUCCUCAUUUUCUCACCGCCAAUUUCUGUUUUUCCUCCAACGAAAUUUGUCUCUUGUUUUUUGUCUAACGCUUUAGCUCUGUUGUUGACGGCGUCAUUAAAGACUUUAAAAUUUAGUCGGACUUGACUUUGUUGUUGGUUUUUCUCUCUUCUAAGUCCGGAUGGACUUUCUCUCUCUAAAAAGUCGGGGUGCACUUAAGGUUUCCUGCCGAAGAACCCCGUGUUGCAUUUGCCAUACCUGCUGAUUGAGUUAUUUUCCACUGGUAUGCCUGUGAUGCGGAAGGGCGUGCGUACGCUCACGUGAUUAUUUAUGCAGAGUGAACCAAAAUUCUUACCCAUGCUGCACCGCUGCGCGCGCGAGAGCUUUGCCAAAAAUGUUUGUGGUGAACCAAGACGUCAAAAACGCCAAAAUAGACCUUUGUCACGCGGCAGCCAUUUUGUCUCGGGAGAUUUAAAAAGCUUUGUUUAUGCAGCUAGCCUUGUAGAACCUUAACCUUCUAUUGGGGCAUGAAGAUUUGCAGAGAUUUCAAGGAAAUUUUUUCCCUGAGCUGAAUUUGUCUGUAAGAAAAAUAUUAAAACUUUAUAGCGACUAUCCGGUGAGCAAAAGUUACGGAAUCAAAGCUUUCAACCUUAGACAUUGGUUCAAUAAACAUAAUUUGAUAUUUAUUGCGAGCGGAAAGUCACGGCAUUGUUCAAGCAUUUUGCAACGGCAAAAGACAUUUAAGUCUUCAGCCUCGCCGAAGCCUAUUUCCCUUUCGUAAACGAUCGUUUCCAUUUAUAACACGCGAUACCACCAUGUUGGUAACCAAGCCUUUAGUCAUGAUGUAAUAUGUUCCCUGGAUUAACAUACAAUAAGAACGCUCUUAAUAGGGCAAGUCUCGCUUGCUUGGAGAUUAGACAACAGAUAAGGAGGCGAUUAAUUCUACGCGAAGCAGGAUUUUUUCGCUAAGAGAAUUCACUUCCCGCUUUAUCGGCAGUCGAGUAUUCUUCAGAAUAUUUAAUAAAUUCAGAAUAGUUAAUGAAUAUUUUCUUCACAAUAUACGCUUGUACGAAUACAAAUCAUUGCUAGAAAGUAAAAACGUAAUGAACAUGGCGCCUCAUUUCAAUCAUCGCCAAAAAUAAACCGCAUGCUCAUCACAAGACUCAUUUUCAUACAAUGAAAGUUUACAACGCCCGACCAGUUUAUAGCCUCACCAUCAGAUCGAAGUUUUCACUGAAGCAUUCACUUGUUCAAAAGUAAUCAACGAUUUCAUGCAAUAGAAUUCGUGGACCGACCCGUUCCCAGAAAGUUCGACAUCUCUGCAUCAAUCUUUCCUAAGCUUUCUCCACAAAAUAGAGCAUGGCUCUGUGACACGUAGCAAUUUCCAUCCUCAGUUUCCACGAUCUCCACUAGUAACGCCUGGGACCAUGAUUUCCCUUUUGGCGCGCACACAAGCGAGACUAACUACCUACUUUGCUGAUCUAUGUUUUAAAAGCUCAGCUAGUAAGUCUUUUUUUUUUCCGGGGAAUAAGUUCCUUCCCUCAACUCAAAAGACUCGUCGUUUGUCAUAGUUACUAAAAAAAUGUGCGUUUGUUUCGCUUGAACCCAGCAAACAUGUAGGAUUGGUCUCAGACCUAAUAGUCCGCAUUUCCUCUAAGCCCCCGGUGGGAGGGACUCUGCAUAUGAAAGGGGUGGCGAUGCUCGUCGGAAAUUUUGAAUUAAACCCCUAAAGGAGACCGAUCUGGGCGUGGCUCAAGCUUUUUUUGACCCCUAAAAGAGACCAUGUUAACACACAGACAAUAUAUGCAUUUUUAAAUUUUUCGCGUGCAACCCUAAACGAGACCUUCACGGCUAAAUAUGAUGGCGUUUUGCCCAGAACACCCCAAGUGAGACCAUAAUCGGAAAUUUACUCCCCUAAGCGAGACGACGAGCAUCCCCACCCCUUUCAUAUGCGGAGUCCCCCCCCCCCGGUCUAAACCAUCGUUUAACUCAUUCACCGCAAACCAGCUGCCAUUUCUACUUUGAUAUCGCGCCAAUAGUUUCGAAUAACUUACUUCCAUUUGACUGACGAACUUUGUCCUAAUACAAUUAAAGAAUAAUACAAGAAUAUUUUCAGCCUAAAAUCGGCAGAAAAAAAUAUAAGAAUAUUCAGCCUGUCUGUGUCACGGCAGUUCAGUUCAUUUUGUUUAAUUUUGCCAAUUACUCGCCCUCAAUCGCUAUGGAACUUAAAGUAAGCAAAGAAAUUACAGGUAAAUGACAAAAUCAGAGAUCCGAGACAAACAAAAUAAUGUCUCCCGAGCAUUAUUUUUGAAGUUGCAAGCAGCAGGGAUCAACUUUGAAAAACUGUUGGGCUGAACAGUUUUCAAAAGCCCUAAUUUCAAUCCGUUUCAAUCUUCUUCACUUUUGCCCAUCCGUGGCAUCUGUUGUUUCUGUUAUGUUAUUUUAACGUUCCUUUAAAGUUUUAAUCGGUUAUUUUUAUGUUUCUCUUAAUUUAACGGGCAUUUUGUAAUUUCCUAAUUUGGCUGAAUUUCGUGACACAGCUCCUUUAAACUGAAGAAACUGAAGCUAUAUAAUACGACAUACAUCUUAUUAGCUGCCUUAAAGUUAAUAAAGGAUACUAGUGUAAGUUGAUUUUUUUGUAUUCGAUUGCAGUUUGAGGCAUAUAUUACUUUUGACACAUGGUUGCUCAGCGGAUUGCCACGUCAUGUACAAACGGGUGUUCUGAAUAUUUGCAAUUGAUACUAUAUUAAGGAACGGAUGAUUUAUUAAGUAACUAAGGUACUGUAUCUUUAGGCCACCUUACACUCUCUAAGUCACGCGUGAACAUGUAGUUUAUCAAAAAAUGUGUUCAUGGGUCCAGCAAAUACUGUUGGAUUGGUUUGCGACGUAAAAAUUCCGUUUUCCUCUUAAGUCACGUCGCAGCUCGUUCUGUCUGACUGUAUGUUUGCGAUUGAUAAUUGAAAACCAACUGCCUUUGCUUAUUUAAUAUUGCAUCAGUAGUUUCAUAUAACUUCCUUCCGUUUUAACUGACGAACUUCAACAUUUAUACGACCUAUUGAGUUUCGCUUGAAAGAAAAUUAAUACUAAUUACUGUGUGAUGAUGAAGUUACAUUUCAAGUUCUAAUUCCGGAUUCAGACAUGCAAAGUUUUCAAUUUCAAGCAAGGUGAGAGUUUGGAUAUUGUGAGCACGACUUAGGACCUUUUUUUACUACUGUCGCGGAAGACUCAACAGUACUCAGUUAAAAACCAAUUGCCAUCGGAGGAGGACGUCUGGAGAAUAUUCAGUAAGUCUCGCAAAGAGUAAUUUCCAGCGUCAGUCUCGUGCAAAAAAGAAAACACUUGCAGAGUUCCUCAAAAGUACAGCUGCUGAAACUUAAGACUGUAUAUAAAGCUCCAUUCAAUGGUGGAAGCUGAAGGUCAGUCUCAUUCAAAAACGGAUGAAACCUAGAAAGCAAUGAAAUUCAGAUCUUCGCAUAUUAUAGAAACUGAACGCUGAUUAGGGUUAUGUAAAAAAAAAAGAUGGCAAGUGCUGAAGGUUUGCAUUUGACACUUGUUUUCUUCAACGCUUUCUUGUCUUUCACCGCCAUCGUAUUAAACAUCAUAACAAUGCAAGCGCUCAGAAAAACGUCGUCGUUGCCUAAGACUUUAAAAACAUUGCUACUAAGCCUGGCUGUGUCUGAUCUGGGUGUAGGCUUACUUGUCCAACCACUGCAUGUUGCAAUUCUGGUGAUGGAAAUAAAACAAAACGCAAACAGUACUGCUUAUUAUACAGUAAACGAAGCGUAUUUAAUCCAGAGAAAAACAUUGGUCUUUGCUUCGCAAUUUGGUGUUUUUGCAUUAGCUGUGGACAGAUUUUUGGCCAUUCAGCUUCAUCUCAGAUAUCAGGAGCUUGUGACUCACAAACGUGUUGUUGCUGUUGUGAUCUCAGUCUGGGUGUUUAGUGCAUCAAUUUCCUUCCUACAUCGGUUGUAUGAUUAUGAUAUUAUGCGAGCGGUCAUUGCACUUGUUUGUGUCGUAACUACAGGAUUGCUUUAUUGCAAGAUAUACGCAGCCGUGAGACACCACACAAAUCAGAUUCACGCUCUGCAAGUGCAACAGGCGACACAGAAUGAAGAUAUGGCAAAUGCCGCAAGGCUGAAAAAAUCUUCGCUGGCUACAUUCUACGUUUAUUUCGUGUACUUAGUUUGCUAUUUGCCAAUAUCUUGUGUUGUUUUUGCCAGGACCAAUGGUGAAACUCCCUUGUUAUCUCAUUUAUGGCAAAUCACAUUGACUCUUAUGUUUCUCAAUUCAUCCCUCAAUCCCUUGAUCUACUGCUGGAAGAUGAGACACGUUCGACAAACUGUUUUGGAUAUACUUCGAAAUAUUUUCGCGAUUGGUCCACACUAA